AUGGCUCGCACCCCUGCUCAAUGCAGUCCUCACCAUCUAGCCCCAGACCCGUCAGCCACGCCACCGCGCACCCAGCUCCUAGCCAACAUCGCCGCUCUUCUAUUUACCGAGACCCGCGAGACCUCCCUUUCGUUCCCGGGCACCAGCGAAGUUGACCAAAAGCGCGCCGAGAUCCGUGGACAAGCCAGCCUUAUAGCUCGGGAUUCAGUGCAGCUGCUACUCGUCCACUGGAUCAUCGCCUAUCCUGUUGAAGGACAAGGGCCCCGAGCACUCUCUCCAGAGAACUCGAAUGACAGAUCAAACGCUGCAAUGUCCUCACUCUUCAAAACCGGCAGUUCUUUCCCCAUCGCCUCUGGACAGAGCUACCACGACUUCCUUUAUAUUGACUUCAAUCCAGAAAGUUCGGCACAGCUCAUCUUCGCCCGCGAUUUCUUCCCGCAUCUGGAAGCUGGCUUUGACACUGGGCGACUGUACGAACAGCUGAUUUUCACCCUCCGCGAGUAUUCGUCGCUAAUCCUCCAGCGCGACCACUGGUCCCCCUUUAUACACCACGGAUCCUACCGCUGCCCCAUGGGCGGAAUGGCGAGACCCAUGGGCGUUGCCUUAGCAUGUGUCUCAGCUUACACGGGCUCGUUUGGAUCAAACUACGGAUUCGUCGAUACUCUGAUCAACAAAGAGCGGGACAAGUUAGUCCGUAAUUUCCAGUCGUUUCUUGGUACGCCUGAGAAUUCCCUUGCUGCCGUGCACGCGGUCUGCAUUUAUCAGACACCCGGCCUCUUUGGAGGGAAUUUCCUGCCUGUCGCUGUCAAGCUAUCCAGACAAGUAGAGGAAGGGCUGGAAAAACAGAAAGAGGCAUCGGAAAAUUUCGCUGAGUCGCUUCGUCGAAACAUCUUCUUUGCCAACGUCAUCAAUAUACUCGAUGCUCGAGCGGGAAAGCUCAGUAGUGCUUACUUCGAGCCCUUGGACGACGAAGCCGUGCUGACUCUACCACUUCCAGCGCCGGAGUCGCCGACGGGACAAAAGGCACGGUUGACGCAGACGCUGAAGGAGUUGCUCAUGGCGGAAGAAGCGGGGACACUGGAUGUGUCAACAUUACUGCCUCUUACACGUGUUAUCCUGGCGAGUAUGAAGAUCAUCCCUACUAGAGUUGUUACAUAG